UCUCACUGCCUCUGAAGGCACCACCUCAUCUGCUAAGCUAGGAAGAAAACGUAUACACGUUCGGGGACAUUAAAGAUUCUGUUCUAAGGUUGUUAUCGGAGUAUUGCCCGCUGUUUUCUGAUCAUCAUGCUCAAUCCUCAGAGAUCUCUCUCAGAACUACCCAAGAUGUCGGCUGCCAGUCAAGUGGAGAGAGCUGUGCUGGCGGAGGAGUUCAACUGGCUUCUUAAAGAAGAAGUACAUGCUGUACUGAAGCAGCUGCAGGAUGUCCUUAAGGAGGCUUCAAGACGUUUCACUAUGCCGACGCCUGGCCUGGAGAGUCAGCUCAAACAGGAAAACUUCAUCCUGGGCAGCUCAACCAUGGAUCAGGUGAAAGGAGUGCUGACGCUACAGGGAGAGGCUCUGAGUCAGGCGGAUAUCAAUCUGAAGGUGGCAAAGAGUAGUCAAGUGCAACACUUCCAGUUCAGGGAGGACAAGCAGUGGAAAUUACAGCAGAUCCAGGAUGCACGAAAUCAUGUGACGCAGGCACUUCAGUUGUUAAACAGCCAUGAUGAGAACUACGACUUCAAAACGGGGGCAGAGGUUAACAAGCUAAUGGAUGCUGUGAUGCUCCAACUGACACGUGCACGAAACCGCCUCACCACCCCAGCGUCCAUGACACUGCCUGAAUUGGCCACCAGUGGACUGAUGAAAAUGUUCAAUCCUCCCAUGCCCGGUGACGUGAUGGUGAAUUUUUACAUCAAUUUAAGCAAACUGUGUCUCACCGUCUACCAGCUUCACGUGCUGCCGCCCAACACCACCAAGAAUUUCAAGCCAUCUGCAAGCUCUGUGUUGCACAAUCCCGGGGCCAUGUUUGAGCUCAACAACAACCGGUUUGAGGUGAGCCAUGUGCACAAGGUGGAGUGUGUUGUCCCUUGGCUAAAUGAUACACUGGUGUUUUUCACCAUCUCGCUACAACUUUGUCAGCAGCUCAAAGACAAGAUCUCGGUCUUCUCCAGUUUCUGGAACUACAGACCUUUCUAAUCAGCUCACAGUCAACAUCUGACCCAAACAAGUGUGAAGGACAUGCUCUUAUUUAUUGGUUGAUAUUUAUAAGCCAGUCAUUCUAUUUCAAGUGUUGCAUGGUUGUCAGGAGCCAGUUAGGUGCGGCAGACGUGUUUGCUUUUCCCCAUUUGUGCUUUUCCAAUGUACCAACAUUCCUCCGAUGUUUUCACAGGACUGACUAAAACCUCUCCAUGAAUGUAUGUUUUUUUUUUCCAUUUUAAACUUAGUUUUUAUGUUCAAGCAAUGUUGCUUGAACAUAAAAUGUCAUCUGGUAUUUUCUAGUCUUUUGUGGUGUAAUGCUAAUCACUACACUCGGGAGAAAGGAGUGGAAAGGGAAAUACUGUAUGAUAUGGACUGCAUUCACAUUCAUAUGUCUUAGUCAUAUGGCUUUAGUGCUUCAUGAAUUCCCUAACUCGCAAAAUUCUGGGAAUUUUCAAAGUGGCAAACAUUCCAUGAGAAUUACGGGGGAUUUUACAGUAAUUCGUGGGUAUGCGAAAUAAAUAAAUAAACAAAAGCAAUUGACACAUUUCCGAAGUGGCAAGUUGGUCUGUUACAAAGAAGCAUUGUGAAUAUUUUGCAGUAUCAUAUUGGCCCAAAAAAGACACAUUUCAUGUUAAUGUGGUCGACUUUUCGUCCUGCACUAUGCAUCCCUCCAUCCCUUUGACAUAGCAUGCUGCUGUGAAUGGAAAGGCCAUACUUGCUCCAGUCGCUACACACAGCAAAUGGACUGAGGCCCCAACUACUGUCAUCUUAUGAUGACAUUUUUUUUUUUAAAUACACUACUUUUGUAUUCUACAUGUCAUCCUUUUGACUAAUUGAAAACAUUCUGGUGUUUUGCAUCAAUUACCCACUAAAUUCCAGUCAAUUCUCUUGAAUUCACAUGGGACUGACCAACAGAAUAUUUCUGAAAUUUCUCAGCUCAGCUUUCUCAGUUUUAUUUUCAUUUGUAUGAGUCUGUGCAUAAACUGGAGACGCUGGCAACACUUGUUGCCAUGUACUACGAUUCAAAGGGGUAGCUGAAGUCAUCCCCUGUCAGUGUCAUCACUGCAUUCAUGAAAACGACAUGUGGUUCUGCCGUGGAUUCUUGUUCGUCGGCAGCAGUCAAAGUCCGGACUGACGCCGGACUUUUACCUUGACGCCAAAGCUUGCAGGAAAGCUGGAAUGGUUCAUGAGAUGUGUGCAACCAUGAACCAUUACAACAAUGCAUGAUCUGUGAAACGCAUGCUCUGUGAUCGAUUACAAAGAAUCGUUACUACCUUCACGACUGCAUUGAGUAACACUAUAGGGCACGUUUGUGCUGAGUGACUGGUGUGUCUGUUUUAAUCUUAAAACGUGGUUUGUGGCGCAAAUCUUUUGAAAGUUGUGAAUGUGAAUACAAAUACUAACACAGUGUUAAGAUCAACAUAUGCCCUUUUUUGUUUUAUUAAUCGUCUGAUUGAGUGUAAUUCAUGUUCUUGUUGUUCAAAUAAGCUAAUCAACCAUGCGUGUAUAUUUAUUGAUUUGCACAUAUGUUGUGGAUUUCCUGUGAACCAAACAGUCAUUCAAAUAGGCCUUUGUCCCAGCAGCGAUUUGGACAUAUCACUUGAGGGAGUUCAUCGGUGUCAUUGAUCAACUACCGUACUUAAAAUGGUUUUAAAAAAACAUCAAAAAAAUUGACACGAGAACUUUACAGUGACACAUUUGUUUAACCUGCAGUGUCAAAAUGACCUCUGAGAUAAUGACCUUUCGUGAACAAAAUCAUUACAGUAAGUGUUACUGAGGAAGCAAUGAUUAAAAUCUGUGCAAUAAAAAAAAUCUCUAUAUAUGAGCAAA